AUGAGUAUUCUUGAGUACAACGGUGGUGGUGUAGUGGCCAUGACAGGGAAGAAUUGUGUAGCGAUUGCUGCCGACACUAGAUACGGUAUCAGACAACAAACUGUGGGCACUGAUAUGCAAAAGGCUUUCAAGAUCCAUGACAAGUGCUUCAUAGGAAUGACCGGAUUAGCUACUGAUAUCCAAACAUUUCAUGAAAAAUUGAAAUUUAGAAUGAAUCUGUAUAAUCUUAAAGAAGAGAGACUCAUCAAGCCAAGCAGCUUGUCUAAUCUUGUUUCGAAUAUGCUUUAUGAAAAGAGAUUCGGACCAUGGUUCAUUGAACCAGUAAUUGCUGGCCUUGAAGGAGACGAGAAUAAGCCAUUUAUUUGUGCACAAGAUUUGAUUGGUGCUCCUUGUUAUACAGACAAUUUUGUGGUCUCUGGUACUUGUAGUGAAGCACUUUACGGAAUGUGUGAAUCGUUGUACAGGCCAGAUAUGGAGCCAGAUGAUCUUUUUGAAGUAGUUUCUCAAUGUCUUUUGGCAGCUGUUGACAGAGAUUGUAUUUCCGGUUGGGGUGCAGUUGUUCAUGUCAUUACACCUGACAAGAUUAUCACCAAGAGGUUAAAGGUGAGACAAGAUUAA